ACUCCAGCCAACACACCUUCAGCAAUCCCAGAGUUCCUCCUGCUGGGAAGGUGUGGGCUGCCAUGGAAGUCCAUGAGUUACCUGGGCGUGUCGCUCGUACGCAGGUAGUUUCGCCACUCGGCUCUUGCUCUAUCCAGGUUGUUGUCGCCCUUUACCCCGCUGCGGAGUUUCAACACGUCGACGAGGGGAUAACACCGUGAACACCGACACACUGAUAACCGGACAGCAGCUGAAUCAAGACUAAAGUCUGAAUGCAUCAUCCUGACUGACAACAUUUUGGACAAGUCCCUUCAGCUCAGUAAACAGUCAUUCAGAGGAGCUUACAUUUCACUGCAGUUCUUUAUUGGAUUUAAUCCAAGCCAAAUGUGUCACUGACAACAUGGUAGCAUCCCAUACCUGCUGACUGCUCCUUGACAAAAGAUGCAACCAGGAGGUCCUCCCGCUCCACCACCACCUCCUCCACCACCACCCCCUCCUCCUCCUCCUCCUCCUCCUCCUCCUCCAGCAUUUGGCCUCCCUCCACCACCACCACAUGGCGCGGGCCUAUUUGGAAAAGGCGGGCGCCGGAGCUCCAGGAUGCGCAAUUUCAACUGGGAAACCCUUCCAAAACACAGUGUGAUAGGAAAGCACAACAUCUGGACAGCAGAUAAGUCAGAUGAGGAAUAUGAGCUGGACACUGAUCACAUGGAGGAGCUGUUCAGCCACAAGCAGGACCAGAAGAAACUCAAGGCCUUGAACCGCCAGAGUCUGAGGGGCCUGCCUACUGCUGCCUCAGGAGGGGAGAUGGUUUCCAUCCUCAGCUCCAAGAGGAGCAUGAACCUUGGAAUUUUCCUGAAGCAAUUCAAGCGGCCUGUAAAAGACAUGAUUAAAGAUAUCAAAUCAGGAAGUAAUCUCAGUUUUGCUUCUGGAAAACUCAGGGAGCUGUCCAAGAUGCUGCCAGAUGAAGGGGAGGAGAAACAGCUGAAUGGUUUUAAGGGUGAUCCUGGUGCUCUUCCCGAAGCAGAUCUGUUUAUGCUCAUGCUUGUCAAGAUUCCCAGUUAUGUAGAGCGCAUCAGCUGCUUGGUGCUCAAAGAGGAAUUCUUCCCCCUCAUGAAUGAAAUGAAAGAAUUCAUCAGCACUUUGACAGCUGCUGGACAGGAGCUGCUGGAGUCAGACAGUCUCCAUUCUGUCAUUCGCCUGGUACUGAAGACUGGAAACUACAUGAAUGCUGGUGGAUAUGCAGGCAGCGCGAUUGGCUUCCGAAUGGCUUCUCUGUUGAAGUUAGCAGACACCAAAGCAAACAAACCAGGGAUGAACCUCAUGCAUUAUGUUGUGAUGCAAGCUCAGAGGGCAGACACGGGCCUGCUUACAUUUACAGAGCAACUCAAAAACGUUGAAGCUGCAGCAAGAAUAAAUAAAGGUGAAAUUGAAGCAGAGUUUGCAAGACAGGUAAAGAAAAUACAAGUCGCUAAAGAAGACGCCUUAAAGCAGGAGGAACUAAAAGCACAAAUGGAGGACUUCCUAAUGGAAGCUGAAGUCUGCUUGGCAGAAACAGAGAGUGAUCUCCAGCAGUUACAGUCAGUGAGUGACUCUGUGGCUGAGUACUUCUGUGAAGACCCAAAGAAAUUCAAACUGGAUGAGUGUUGCUCCAUUUUCAACUCUUUUUGUGAGAAAUUUAUGCGGGCCAUGCAGGAAAACAAGGCUCGAGAGGUGGCAGAAGUGCAGCGGAGACACAGAGACAGAUUGCAGAAUGCUUCCAAGCGCAGAUCCACAGCCACCUGCUCCAGUAGAGACAAGGAAAUGGAAGGAGUUGCAUUAGAGUCCGUGCUACACAAGUUCCUCACCAAUCGUGGAUCUCGGAGGAAACUAGGAAGGCCGUCAUCUUCUAAUGGAAGCCCUACGAGUGGCAGUCCCAACAAUGGGAGCCUAUCAGAAAUUACUUCUGAAGUGAACCUCCCUACUGGAAAACAAAAGAAAGGAGGCUUUUCUAAAAUCGAGGAGAUUGGCAGAAAAAACUGGAAUUCAGCAGGUGAACUCACAGAGAACUCUUCCCAAAAGAACGUCCAGUCUAAAAGUGAGGACAACAAGGCAACAACUGUCAUUCCUCGUGAAGAAGAGACAAACAAUUUUAAAAAAGAGGAAAGAAAAGAGGACCCUAUAAGUCUUACACGCCCAGCCAAUAGGACCACCAGCAUUUCCUCCUCAGGCAGAUCUUUCUCAGCAGCCACUGAUGAUGAUGAAGAAGAUCUGCAGGACAAUAAUGAGGAGGAGGCCCAAAAGUUGCGAGAAGCAUCUAGAAAGGUUUUGCGCUUUCAGAACAGCCGUAGCAGUGUGUCAUCUGGGGACUAUUCUUUGGAAAAUCAAAAAUCUCCUGGUGCUAGUAAAAUCUUACCUCGUCAACGCACCUUCGAUGAGGAAACAGAGAGGUAUCCUGGAGACCCUACCAACGACGAAUUAGUCACAUUUUUGCUUGCUCCUCAGUCCUCCUCAAAGCGUAACCUUGGCCGCCGUCAUACUCUGCCUACCAAAGUCUCUAAAACUGAGGAUGGGGACGAUAGCGUGUGGGCUCAGCCUCCCAUGAGAACUCCUAAAUCUGCAGCAAGAGUAAAAGAGCCGCUGCAGGCAGAGGGUGGUGGACACAGUCCCUCAAAACAAGUCUUUGACUUUUCUGAAGUAUCUCAAAACUUUAAAAAAUCUGGUGCUCAAGACCAGGAUUCCCCAUCGGCAGAAAAGAAAAGCAAGCCAAAUGUUACUGAAACCAAUGUUCCAGAUAACGGGCCUGGACAGCACAACCAGGAGGGCAAAUCUGUGGAGCCCACAGGCAACCAUGUACAGAGGAAUAGUGAAAAUGUUCCACCCAAGAGCACAUGGAUUAAGACUGAAACCACUGGACUGUUUUUUAGCUUUUUAAAACGCCUUGGAGACAUGAGCAAAGCGCAGACCAGCAAGGAAACUGUCCAAAAGGCCAGUGGUUCUGGUGUAUAAGCUUUGAAAGAUAUCAACUUUAAAGUCAGGGAAGCACAUGUAACUUUAGUGUUGCUCGUAAUUAAAGGCAUACUAUGCAGGAUUUGUUGUUACAGUUUGUAAACAUACUAUUCAGAGAUGCCCCGCUCCCCUGUUCAAAGUUCAACGGAUAGAGAAAGAGCAGCCGUAGCAGAGCGAAGUCUAUUUUGUGAUUGUUUCAUGGCUGUAACGUUAUAAAGCACAGUUAAAAACGCCCACACUUUUGCACACUUCGGCUGGAAGGUGCUGUGUGUUUCGAUUUGAGUGAAUGUCAGCUAAAAGCAGGCUUCAUCCUGUCCGCUGUUUGCCCAACCCUCAUUGUAUGGUGACUACACAUCACUGCCAAAGGUUGACGCCCAGAAACGUCCCAAACACAGCAAAUUGCUAUGAAAAUAAGAAAAUACAGGCAGAGUGUCUGCUGAUUUAGAGGGAUUAUUUUUGUAUGAUGAACUGUUUUUAUUCCUGCAUAUUGUACCUUUAACUGGUCUUGGUGAUGAUGUUGUGUUUCUUUCUAUGUUAAUAUUGUGAAUUGAUGAUAAGGUUGUAAGGAGACAGAGAAGGUUUGAGGAAAGUGGGCUUGCUGGAGAGUCUUUUAAAUGAGGAAGGUCCAUUGUGUAUGUUGGACCACUAGAUGGCAGACUGCAACAGUUAAACGUUGCAGUCUGUUGCAAACUGGUGCUCAGAAAAUCGGGGUGUUGUUGAUUUCCAGGCAGUCUCUCCCUUGUCCAGUAAACAAAAGAGCAAUGGGCACACUCACUGUAAAUACCACUUUUUCAUCGUGUUUCAUCCAAUCAUAGUAAUAUUACUCUGAUAGCAUGGCAUCGUCCACAUCAGGUGGAUAUAUGUAUUUAUACAGUGUGUGUUCCUUGCCUGGAUUAAAAUAUACAAUCCUGCAGAAUGUAUUGAGAAAGUAAAUGAAUGUUGAGUAUGAGAGGGUAUAGUUAAGUCAGACUGCAUGUAAAAUCUUGCUUGAUUGUUAUUUUUGAUACAUCGAUAAAUUACUAUUUGCUGCACAUUCUUGAAUUCAGUAUUGUUAUUUUUCUAUUUCACAGUGAUAACAUCUUUGUUUGUAGCCUCUCUAGUUUCCUCCUCUGUCGUUGUCACAGGAUUGCAUCAAAAAUGCUGAUUGUUGGGAUGCUUUCAGGGUCUUACUCAAUUCAGCCAUUGUUUUGGGCUUAAAUGGGUCAGUGUUACAAAGGCAGCCUCUAUCUGAGCAGAGCUGAACCAUGGACUGUCAGUGGCAAAGUGAAGGGUGCUGAUCUCAAAUUAACUUGAGAAGAGAUUAUCAUGGUUAAAGGGCUAACUCCAGGUGGCCGAUUAACAUGUAGACAAGAACCAACGUCCAUGAAUCUAGCACUUUACACUGCUUGUGGCAAUGUCAGGGCACGGCCACAUGGGUCACAGCAUGGGUCGACAUAGGAGCUGUACCAUAUUAUGCUUAUAAGAACUAUUUUCAGCAGUGUUGCAAUAAGGUAAUAGACACGACCCUUUAUUUAUUAUAAUUGUUCUCCUUUAGUCACUGACCUCAGUGAUUGGAAUGAUUUUCAUGUUUCUUUGUUGUAAAAUAUAUUUAAGACUGAAAUGUUUGUCCAUGAAAAAUACACACAAACACAUUUUAUUGUUACUAAAUCUAAGUUUCCAAGUUGUACUUUCAUCAGUGAGGGUGGAAAAUAAAUGUAUAUGAGAAUCA